UGCGCACUGCUUUCCCAUGUGGGCUCGGGCCGUCAGCAGGCUUCCCUGAGCUGGGUACCGAGACCCCAUCGGUAACAGGAACUUGCCCCUAGCUCAGCAGCCAUCAUCGUCCUGCUGCUUCCCCCGCAGCGCACCAUCGCCAUGGGCAAGAGCCGGACGAAGCGCUUCAAGCGACCUCAGUUCUCCCCUACGGGCGACUGUCAGGCCGAAGCGGCAGGGGCGGCGAACGGGACUGAGGGAGAGGAGGAUGACGGGCCGGCGGCGGAGCUGCUAGAAAAGCUCCAGCAUCCGAGCGCCGAGGUCCGCGAGUGCGCCUGCGCGGGGCUGGCCCGGCUGGUGCAGCAGCGGCCCGCGCUGCCCGGCUUGGCGCGUCGGGACGCGGUGCGCCGCCUCGGGCCGCUGCUGCUGGACCCCAGCCUGGCGGUGAGGGAGACGGCGGCCGGCGCGCUGAGAAACCUCAGUGCUUGUGGAGGUUUUGACGUUUGUGAUGACAUGGUGACUAAGGAUAUCAUGACCCCUCUGGUUGCACUGCUGAAAGAGUGUAGUGCUGGCCUGGAUUCAAAUGAGAUGUCUCCACAGGAAAAAAAAGAUCAGAACAGAAAUUCUAUUGAGAACAUAGCCAAUGAGGCCAUGAAUGUGCUGUGGAAUAUAUGUGAAUGCAGUAGUAGAGCAGUAUCUAUAUUCAACAAAGAAGGGUGUUUGGAGAUUGUAUUAAAGUAUUUAAGUAGGUUUCCCACCAAUGUUGACCUGGCUAUUUCAGUAGCCUAUUGUUUGCAGACAGUAACUGAAGAUAACCCAGAGCUGCUGAAAUCUUUCAGUGCCCCAGCAUUGAGUGUACUGGAAUCAGCAAUGCUUUCUCCUGUCAGUUCCAUGGAGUAUAUUCUAUUAAAGACACUGGUGGCAGGCACCAUUUGGAACCUAAAGGACAUUAUUCCAUCCAAGAGUCAGGCAGAAAUCAUAAAUGCCAUACUGAAGAUCUUGUCUGACGUUCUGGACCUGGAUGCUGGUGAGACGGUAAUUCGAAUGCAUGAGGCCGAGAAGCAGAGGUUAGAAGCUGCUGCAGAGACGGAGGACGUGCUGGAGAGCACCAGCUGUGGCUCUCUGAUGGAAGACGAUGAAAUGGAAGAGAUCCCGCACAAAAGAAAAGUCAGAAGGAAAACCUUCAUUUCCGAUUUGCUUCCACCCACUGACAAGGAACUGAGAGAGACCAUAGCAUUGUUGACGGCUCAGCAGACUGCUCUGGAAAUUAUUGUCAACAUGUGCUGCAGUGAAGAUCCCUCCGAUGAUGAGUGGGAAGAGCUUUCUAGCAGUGAUGAGAGCGAUGCAUUUAUGGAGAAUUCCUUCAGUGAGUGCGGUGGGCAGCUGCUGUCUCCCCUUUGCCUCUCCCAUGAGGUUCACACCGCAUUCACCAACUACCUCAUCCCAAAGAAGGUAGUCUGUUUCAAGUCCAGCCUCAUUGUGGAGCAUGGGAAGGGCUUGAGAGAGCUAUUCACCGUGUAUGCAAAAGAGAUUUUUGAGAAAACUACCUUUCCAAACAGCACUGCAGUUGACAUAUGUUCUAGGAGUCCCACUUGGAAAUCUUUGGUCAGAAAAAUGAACACUAUUCAGUGCAGAGCCCUCGUGUGUCUCCAGAGUCUUGUAUCCCUCCUGGAUGUGGACCAUCUCGGGGGACCUGCAGCCCUGCAGACACUUGCACAGCAUCUGUCCCAGCUGCUUUUUUCUCAGCCAGAUUUUGCUAAGCAUGUUGACUUUCUAGAAGCCAUAAGUAGUGCCUUGAGGGCCCUUUUGCAAACAAUGGCCUCCAAGAACAUUUCUCAGUGUAUGACUCCCGACCAGCUGAUGACGCUAUGCACAACCGGCAUUCAUAGUAGUAAUACUGGGGUUAGAGUAAACGUUGUUAGUAUUUUAGGAAUCACGGGCAGCGUCCUUGCCAAAGAAGAUGGAACACUGGACACUCUUAAGACCAUUGGGUGCUUUCUGCUUGAAGUUGCCACCAAAGAUCCCUCUCUCGUGGUAGCAGGAGAAGCCUUGGAUGCUCUCUUCGAUGUUUUCGCAGAUGGUAAAGAAGCUGAAAGGGCCUCAGUUCAGAUUAAAUUGUUAUCUGCUCUGAAGGAAUUCCAGCCAGUCUUCAAAAUGAAGAUACGAAAAGAAGGGAGAGGUAAAUACAGUCCAGAUCAGCUGUGUGUUCUCGACAAUGUGAAGAUGAAUUUGAGAAGGUUUGUCGCUUAUCAAGAAACUGUUGAGAAAAGACUGACUACUUGAACCACUGAAAGAGAGACCAGUUCUCGCCCCAAGUGUUCAGUGCUAAAGAGUACUAAAGUAUUUCCUUGGAGUGUAUGUGUUUCUAAAAGUCAUUUUUUAAAUCCCCGUAUCCUGUACAUUCAUUUGAAGUUUUAAAAACUUCAAAACCUGUCAGAAACUCUUUUAAGCCUUGGGAUCUCUGUGGCAUUUCUAGUAUUCUCUAAAUUAUGUUUCCAGCAUGUUUUAAUCACUGGAAACAUGAAGAAUAGAAACAGAAAGGAAUCUCAGGUGGUUCUUCGUGAGCAGCAAAGAACCUUCCAAAUAAUCAUGUUUUCCUGGAAUUUUGCAGGAAAGGAACAUCCAAAGCAUUGCUUGGAUGCUCUUUUAAGCAAGUAUCAUUUUAUACGUGCUGCCAAAGCUAGCAAGCAUCAUUUUAUAUUAGCUAAAUCUCUAUGAAAUAUGAAGACAAGCUUUAUAAAAGCUUUUUGGUAUGAAGUAUACCAAUUAUGUUUCCCUUUUGUGCAAAAGUGAAUGAGUUGAAUUUGUGUUCCACUAUUUAGUAGAAUAUACUAAGGAAUUCAUGAGGUCAUUGUCAGCCUCUAUACAAACAGAGCUGAUCACUUACUGCUUUGUAACAUCACUCUGUGUUUAAUUUGAUAUGGAAUCAGAAUUAGAAGGAAAUAUUUUUUAAUAAAUAACUUUUUAAUUGCAAGCUUUGUGUCUUACAAAGUCUUUUUAAAAUACCAGAUAGCCCUGUUCUGGGUUUUUCACUUGGUAACGGAUAUAACUUUGACUAUAUGUGAGAUAUUAAAAACAAGACUGAGAGCAGGAAUCUCGAGCAUUACUCUCAAUGUCCUUGCAUUAAUAGGGUGACAGCUGGAGCGAGGGGUGGGGGAGUUUCAGUACCUCGUUGUCUGAGAGGUUGGGGGGGGGCCUGGACCAGCUCCAUUGUCCAUGCAUUUGCUUGAUCAGAAGAGUUAUCAGUGAAGAUUUUCAAAUCUUCCCACAGUUGAUCCCAGUUGUCCUGUUAAAAGGCCCAAUACCCGGGCCUUUCUCGUCUAGUUAACAUCCAUCACCUCACACAGUUAAAUAUUUUUUUCUUGUGA